AUGUUCUAUUCAUACGACACUUCUCUUCGGUCAUCUCCUGGUCGAAUUCGGAAGUCGUUAAUGGAAUCAAGCAACCUGAUAGGCGUCCACCGUAUCGAAUUCCCCAGCGCCGAAGAUCUCCUUGAGGCAGUCAAGAGCUUAACCAUAACUUACAAGAAGCACGUGAGUGCAGGCCCCAAGCUAAGCGACAAUCCAGGGCCGACGCCCAAGAACUUGCUCGACGACGAAGACAUCCAUGAGGAAAAGAACGCUAUCGCCAAGGAAAUCUUGUUGGAACACGAGGAAGAUACCAAGUCAUUCCUCGAUAAAGCAGUCAAGGAUGCGGACAUGCUUGUGGGUAAUGACGGCAUCCCUGACCUCGAGGUGGGCCCUGAUAGGUUAUAA